CGGGACUUCGACUGACCAAGGUUAUUCGGCGAAGAGCGCGUUAUGUGUUGUCGCUAGAUCGGUGGUACUGUCGUCGCACAUUGCUCUCUACAUAUUAUCUUUAAGAAACACUAAGGGGCUCUAAAACAGUUAUUUUGAGCUCUAAUGAAUAAAAGCGUCGAAAGAUUAGUAUCGGUUGUUCUUGGCGCCCAGUGGGGAGACGAAGGAAAAGGGAAGCUUGUUGACCUCUUGAGUGAAUCUUCGAGUGUGGUCUGUAGGUGUCAAGGGGGAAACAAUGCAGGUCAUACCGUUGUUGCUGGAGGACAGGAGUAUUUCUUUCAUCUGCUACCAAGUGGUAUCGCAAACCCUAAUGUUUUGGCUGUGAUUGGCAACGGUGUUGUUGUGAAUUUGCAAGCCCUCUUCCAAGAGAUUGAUGAAGCUGUGAAUAAAGGAUUACUAGAUGUCACUUCUCGUUUGCGCAUAUCUGAUAGGUGCCACUUAGUAUUCGACAUUCACCAAGAGAUUGAUCGCAUGGAGGAGGAGUUAAGGGGUGUAAAUUCUCUUGGAACAACCAAAAAAGGCAUUGGUCCGACGUACUCCUCAAAGGUAACUCGCAAUGGUCUGCGGGUGUGUGAUCUAAUGGGAGACUGGGUACAGUUCACAGAAAAAUACAGACAACUCGUAAAUUAUGUCAAAAGACGAUAUCCAAAGCUUGAGAUUAAUGUUGAGAAAUCAUUAGAGGAACUCAAAACCUAUCGCCAGAAGUUGUCGGGGAUGGUGUGUGACUCAGUCCUACUGAUUAAUAAACUUGUAAGAAGUAAGCAAGCAAAUAUUUUGGUAGAGGGUGCUCAAUCCUGCAUGCUGGACAUUGAUUUUGGGACAUAUCCUCAUGUCACUUCUUCGAAUUGCAGUAUCGGAGGUGUAUGUACCGGUCUGGGACUUUCUCCUUCUCGUGUUGGUUCUGUAUAUGGUGUUAUCAAAGCUUAUACAACACGAGUAGGCUCUGGUCCUUUUCCUACUGAGUUAUCAGAUGAGGUUGGUGAGCUUAUUCAAAAGAAGGGACGUGAAUGGGGUGUAACCACCAAACGUAAGCGACGCGUCGGUUGGUUAGAUGCAGUGGUCAUACGAUAUGCACAUAUUAUCAAUGAUUUUAGUGCUCUAGCUUUAACGAAGCUUGACGUGUUGGAUGACCUGGAAGAGGUAGCUAACUUCAUAUUGGUCAUUAUUUAG